CAUCCGCUCACUCAACAAAAAUAUUUAGCAUCUAAUAUGUGCCAGACAUUGAGGAUACAGUGGUGAACAAGGUACACAAAAUCCUGAUGUCAUGGACCCUGUGUUCUAGUGGAGGAGACAGACAAUAAACAUUCAGACAAUUCUGCUUCUAAGUGGAUUAUACUCGUAUUUGGGGCCCACUCUUCCUAACUCUUUCUCUGUUGGUGCCUCCACUAUCUCCAUUGCUCCCUUCUUUCAUUUUUUUCCCCUUUCUGCUUUUAUAGGUAUGGCGAGAGAGAAGGAAGAGAGCCAUUUCAAUCCCUCUUUCUCUACACUUCAAGCUCAGCGUGAAGUUUUGAAUUUGCUAAAGUCAGGUUUAGUAACGGUGUAGCACUAGAGUGAAGAUGUCAGUAUUUUUCAUCAACACUGCAGUAGUGGGCUGGCUCAGCUGUCAUCUUGCUUGUGAGAUGACAAUGAGGUAUCAAGGUUACAUUUAUACAUACCGAGUGUCCCAGACAGAAACAGGUUCUUGGAGCGCUGAGACAGCACCUGGGGUACAUAAAAGAUUUUUCCGGAAAAUAAAAAAUCUCAUUUCAGCAUUUCAGAAGCCAGAUCAAGGCAUUGUAAUACCUCUGCAGUAUCCAGUUGAGAAGUCUUCAGCUAGAAGUACACAAAGUACUACAGGGAGAAGAGAAGAUCCUGAUGUCUUCCUGAAAGCACCAUGAAGAAAAAUAAAAUACCUUGUACUUUAUUUUCAGUAAUUUAAAUAUAUGCUAAGUCUUAUAUAUUGUAGAUAAUACAGUUCAGUGAGCUAUAAAUGUAUUUCUAAAACCCUCAUAGUCCUGUAAUGGAAGCAUCUAGUGUGAUGUUAAAGCUGAAAUGGACUUUGCGGAUAACGAGGAGCUUUGAAAUGAGGAUUGGGAAAAAUAAUUCCACAGGUUAUUUUCAGUUAUUUACAAAUGGAAAACGAUUUAAAACAUAAUGAUACUUUAUAAAAGAUUAAUGUCAAUUCUUGUCAAAUAUAAAUAAAAAUAAUCCUCAGUUUUUCUCAAAACACCAUUUUUAGUGAAAUAUUAUUUGAUAGUAAAUGAUUUUAAAAUGUCUUGCUUGAUCACGCGGUGGGAAGCUGGUUCAUGCCCCUCGUCAUUGUCAUGUGCGGUUCCACAUUAGGUAUUAUGCUCUCCACUAGCUAUGGCAUUGUAGGCUCUUUCGGGAUUUGUAAAGCUUUGCACUGUGCGCUAAAACAAGUACCAGAUAAAGAGUGAAGAAUUUCUGUUUAAUUCUGAAAGCAAGCUCCUCGCCUAGUGUAAAAUCCACAGACCAAUCUGGAGUUUAAAAAAUCCCAUAAUUUAAAAUAUGCUCUAAAUGUUUACUAUAUUUGAUGCUACAGGAUUUGAAAUUGUAUUACAAAUCAGACAAAGUGGACUUUUCUUCUUUUUAUCUCCACCCCAGUUGUUGCUACUCCAUGUAAACCCUCAUUCUGAAGGGAAGCUUCAGCAGCUGCGGCUCCGGAGUAGCUGAUUUACAAGCAGUCUUCCUAUUCGGUAGCCCUACAAGGCCAUUGGAAAGCCUAUGGUCACACUAAUUCUUAACGAUUCCAAGUGAUUGCAACCUAAGUGAGAGCCAAGAUUUUACACAGUGAUGGGUAUUUGUAUUUUCUUCUUGCAUUUCUAUUCUCAUGACUCUUGUGAUUUCAUUACAUGUCAAGUUGCUUCAGGGCUCAUAGAAUUCAGUCAUUCAACAAACGCAAUAGGUACUGGGGUAGAGAAGUAAAACACCUUGCCCUCAGCUCAGGCAGCUCACUGUCUAGUUGGACAAGAAAACAAUAACAAAAGACAAUUAAAAAAAGCAACAAUAAAAGACAAGAAAAUAACGAUAAAAGGUAAUAAGUACAUGGUAAGUGAGGGUCCCAAUGUGUCUGUAGAUCUGUCUUUAGAGGCAGAAUGAGUCAAUACAAAUACUUUGGUCCAUGGUCUAUAGGAAAAGGCUGAGUUUCAUUGUAAACUAAUAAACUGGAACUCUGGGUUGUACAUGAGUAGUGGUUAAUAAUUAGUGGACUGCCAAGAGACAGCUACUCUCUGUGUGCUGGCAAGAUCUGAUUUCUGAGUGUUUAACAUGGAUGCUAUGGGAGUGCAAAGAUGGAGGAUGGCCACAAUAAUGUCUUGUGGGCUGUUUACCAUUAGUAGAAGUACAAGCAUCACUUUAACUUGCAAAGGAAUUCAGAAAGCCGACUUUCAAAAUAAAAUGCAUAUGUUUAGAUAAUUUUUAAUUAUUUGUAGUUUGGGUUUAAAUUUUAAUAGGUGUAAGCAAUUUUUACUCUCUCUAAUUUGUUCAUUCUGGAAUAAUCCUAAAUAUAUGAAUUAUGUUUACAUGUUCCUUUACCAGAGCCUUUUCCGAAAGAGCUUUUUGAAUCAUUAAUGGUCUUUUAUAUUUUAAUAAAAUAUUUGAAAGCUUUA